AAAUUGGAAGUUGUCCUAUUGCCAUGGAAACUGGAGCACCGGGCAACGUUUGGCAUUGUCCUGAAACUUGUCGCGAUACACUUGUUGCCCUUUUGAAUCCCGUCGCUCCUUUGAAGCGAUGGCGGACAUAUCUGGCGAUUUGGGCAGCUUUUCUUUUGAGGCCGAGCUGACCGAGGAAGAGAAGGGUCUUCUUCACCUUCGGGCGCGCUCGGCCGGACUGACGUUUUGCGGUUGUGCGCACGCAGCUUUCCUUUGCAAACUGGUCCAGUCACUGAGACGCAUCAAAGGUCCCGCUGCAGACAGAGGCUCGUCCGCAUCAGGACAAGACAGGGACGUCUGCGUUGGGAUACUUGGGAUGGGUCACGUGGGGAAACAGCUGCUGCUCGCCCUCCUUGAAAAGUCUGGGGUCAAACCAUCACACAUUAAGAUUUCAAGCAGAACACCAGAAUCUGCAGUGGAAGCGAUCAAGAAAGGAGUUGAGUGUUUCUUUGACAAUGGCCGACUGGCAGCAUGGGCUGACGUUCUGUUCCUCUGCUGUCUGCCCUCUGACCUCCACAAAGUCUGUGCUGAUCUCCACUCCCGCCUGUCUAAGCACUGCCUUGUGUACAGCUUCACAUCCGGCGUGCCCGUCACCAGAUUGGCUCGGCUUCUUGGACACGACUUCAUCCUCAAACCACAGUAUGACUUUGUCGCCUGUGGCACUGCAGAUGUGUGGCUGUCUUGCACUCAUCUGACCACGGCUUUGGCAGAUCCUUCACUGAUUGAGGCAUCGUGUCCUCUUACAACACGCGGUGGCAUUUCUGUGGGUCUGAACUGGGUGAGUGCAGUGUUGUACAGCCUGCUAAAUAUCUGCACCUCUACCGGUCUGGGAUCCAGCGAUGCUCUCUCUCUCAUCAACACCGUCCUUAAAGAGAAGAGUCCACAUGCUGUGGAAUUGGACGCACUCAGUUUCAUCAGUGCAUCACAAGAAGCCUCCAUGUGCACAGAGGAACCUUUUCCUUGGAUUUCCCUCACUGAUGCCCAGACCAAGGAGACACCACUGCUGCGCUUCCUAUCCAGCAGCACACCUAUGCAACAGCGCAUCUCUGCAGCAUACAGAUGCAUGCUCUGCCCGGCACAGUAGAAAACGACAUCAUGUGAAACGUCACUGUAUAUAUGUUAUCAGGAUUAUUUGACAGUUUCUAAUAAAUAGUCCUCCACAGUG